AUGAUAGGCGCCAUUAAGGAACUGGCCGAAGAAUGGCUGCGCCUCGAUAGAGACGCGACCACGAGGGAACAGAUCUACCAACUGUUGGUGAACAACGAGCAAGAGGAACUCGAGAGACGACUCGCACCCCGCAUAGCCUUUGGCACCGCCGGCUUGCGUGGACCCAUGAAAGCCGGGUUCGCAUGUCUCAAUUCAUUAACGGUCAUACAAGCAUCCCAAGGGCUAGCCGCUUAUCUACUGGAUACCGAGACUAACGUCCAUCACCGAGGCGUCGUCAUCGGCCGCGACGCGCGACACAAUUCCGACAAAUUUGCAAAGCUCACCGCCGCUGCAUUUGCAGCCAAGGGCAUCAAAGUGUGGUGGUUCGAGCAGCCUGUUCACACGCCCUUUGUGCCUUUUGGUGUCAGUGAGCUGGGCGCCGUAGCUGGCGUAAUGAUCACUGCGAGUCACAACCCAGCGCAAGACAACGGGUACAAGGUCUACUGGUCAAAUGGCUGUCAGAUCAUACCUCCACAUGACGCUGGCAUAGCAGCAUCGAUUCUGAGGAACCUUGAGCCAGUCACGUGGGACACGUCUGUAGUCGACGAGGGCAACCUGCUCGUUGAAAGCACGUACGGCCUCGUCAGGGACGCCUACUUCAGGGCCGUUAGUGCAGGUGCACGAUCAGUAGAGCCUGCAGAUGCAGAAAAACACCCAACCCGGGUUUCAGACAUCAGUUUUGUCUACACGCCCAUGCAUGGAGUGGGCCUUCCGUACAUGACCAAAGCCGUUCGCGGUUUAGGUUUAGAAGAGAACAUGGUGGUCGUCCCUGAACAAGCAGAUCCCGAUCCCGACUUUCCCACGGUGCGGUUUCCUAACCCCGAAGAGCGAGGCGCGCUUGACCUUGCCAUCAAGACCGCUGACGCUCAUUCCAUCCAACUCGUUAUUGCCAGCGAUCCGGAUGCCGACCGCCUAGCGGUGGUAGAAAAGGUGGAAGACGAGUGGCAUCAACUCACUGGCAACCAACUCGGUAUCCUUCUUGCAUCACACAUCUUCGAUACGUGGCGACAUCUCCACUCGGAAAUCGAAAAACUUGCCAUGCUCGCUUCGACCGUCUCAUCCCAGAUGCUCGCCGUUAUGGCCAAAACCGAAGGCUUUCACUUCGAGGAGACCCUCACCGGCUUCAAGUGGCUUGGUAACAUGGCUCUCAAGCUGGAUGAGCGGGGCUUCGACUCUCGAUUCGCCUUUGAAGAAGCCAUCGGCUACAUGAUUCCCGGCGUUGUGAAGGACAAAGACGCCAUCAGCGCCGCGGCCGUGUUCUUGACAGCGGUUGCGAGAUGGAGGGAUGGGGAGGGUCUCACUCCGUGGACCAAGUUGCAGCAGCUGUACGGAAAGUACGGGCACUUCGAGGACGCGAACACCUAUCUUGUCUCCCCGUCACGUGCUGUGACCGAUGCCGUCUUUGCGGAUAUCAGGAAACUGGGAACUCCGCAUCCGACGCAUCUAGGCAAGCGGAAAAUCCUGCGCUGGCGAGAUUUGACAGAGGGUUAUGAUUCGGCGACAGAGGACCAUAAGCCAGUGUUGCCGGUAUCGAAGGAUAGCCAGAUGAUCACGUGCGAGCUGGAAGGACAGGUGAGGUUUACUGCGAGAGGAUCGGGCACGGAGCCAAAGCUCAAGUUGUAUAUUGAGUGUCGUGCUGGAAGCUCGGCAGAGGCGCGAAAGGGGGCGAAUGAAGUUCUGGAAGACUUGUUGGAGGAGUGGUUCAAGCCGGCGCAUUAUGGACUCAGGCCAGCUUGA